AUGACAGACGAUACAAAAAAUGAUCCAGAACGGCCAGCAAAACUGAAAGAUAGCAAGAACAUUGUCGUGGCAUUCAAACUCGACGGAAAGAAUUACCCACUAUGGUCAAGACUAAUGAAAGUCAAGAUCGGAGGCCGAGGAGCCUAUUCGCACAUCAAAAAUGAACCUCCCGCACCGGGGAGCAAAGGAUACGACAACUGGGAAGAAGACGAUCUGGUGGUGUUUUCCUGGAUCGUCGACAACAUCGAGAACGAAAUCAUCGCUGAUUUCGCUCAUCACCAGACAUCAAAGGCACUCUGGGACAGUCUCGCGGUAACAUUCGAGAACAAGGCGGACAAGUACCUGAUUUACGACCUGGAAGAAAAGGCAAUCGAGUUAAAACAAGGGAACCUCGACUUGGAAACAUACUACCGACGGAUCCAAGGGCUGUGGAUCAACAUCGAUCGAUGUCAGAAGCAGCCCAUUACAUGCUGCGACAAAUGA